AUGUUCACAUUGACAAAUGGAGACCCGCCAACAAUCUCAGUCGCGGUGGGGAUCACAGUCGGCUUGGUGACCUCGUUUAUCCAGUCCGCUGGACUUACAAUGCAGAGGAAGAGCCAUCUCAUGAACGAGUCGUUGCCCGAGGAGGAGAAACGCCCCGAAAGGAAACGACCACUUUGGCUCAUUGGCUUUGCCAUAUUUAUCACAUCUAAUAUUCUUGGAUCUGUGUUCCAGAUUGCAAGUCUUCCAGUCGUCAUCCUCGCCCCACUUGGGGCUGUCUCGUUAUUAUGGAACGCACUUUUCGCCAAGAUCCUCCUUGGAGAUGUAUUCUCACGUUACAUGGUGCUAGGGACCGUUCUUAUUGCAGGAGGUGCUGUUCUUAUUGCCAUAUUCGGCACGGUUCCGGAGCCGACUCACUCGCUGGAAGACCUCUUGAAGCUAUUCUCGAGGCAUACCUUUGUGGUGUACUUUUCCUUACUGGGAUCUGCACUGGGCAUUAUCCUGAUUGUCACGCAUAUCGCAGAAUCACGGAUACCUGCCGAGUUUAUCUACGACUCUCCUACCCUGGACCCAAUGGAGAUUGAGGGUGGCGAACGUGCGCAUGAGCUCGAAGAGUCGCAAGCCGCUGCAUCAACUGAGCGCACGCCGCUCCUGAUGAUGGACAACAAGUCUCAAACAUCUCUCGCGGCGAUGAACGCGCACGAGAAGCGGAUUGCACGCACUAAGAUGUGGGUCGCCAUUAGCUUUGCGUCCGCGUCGGGUAUUCUUAGUGGGAUGUGUCUUCUGUUUGCAAAGUCGGGCGUCGAAUUGCUUGUUCUCACCAUUACUGGUGAUAACCAAUUCUUCCGGUGGGAGUCGUGGAUGCUCGUUGGAGGCUUGGUGGUCUUCGCACUCCUCCAGCUGUGGUACAUGCACAAGUCACUCAUCCUCGCUGACCCGACCCUCGUUUGCCCACUGGCAUUUUGUUUCUACAACCUCAGCUCCAUCUUCAACGGACUGGUAUACUAUGACCAGUUUGCAUUGCUUUCACCCCUCAAGCUCUCAAUGGUCCUUCUCGGAAUCACCAUUCUCCUUCUUGGAGUCUGGGCUGUGAGUAUGCAGCCAAGUGGCGGAUCGAGAGUGGAAGUGGGGACAUGGCAAGAGGGUGCAGAAGUUCUGACUGCAGAGGUCACUGGCACCGAGUCUGCUGUCGUCACAUCGGGGCUUACCGAAAGCCCACCAUCAAGCCCUACACACAUACGACGACGUAGCCGCCCAUACGCGCGUGGCGUUACGACAGACGCGGUCCCACAGCUCUUCCUCAGCACAUCUCCUGGUUCGGCUGACCUCGAACGCGAGCGUGAAGAGGAUGUAUCGCCGCUCCUACACGACACACAUCCUUCUACUACCACGACGACGCCAUUCCCUUCAGUCCGCUCACCAACAACACGUGGAACACGUCCUGGACGAUACGGUGCUGGAAGCGAACUUGGACACGGUCACGGACUGGGUUCUCCAACAUCACCAGACGCGCACCACGCACACCGCGCGCGAAGGAAAUGGUCGAGCAUCUUUGAGACGCCCGCAGGGACGACGGCCGGGUUGUCGAUUGGGUUGAGCGCGACAAGUCCUGGGUUUGCGCUCGUGCCGAGUGAGCGGAGGAGAGUGUCGAGUGCGACGUAUUCGAUUGAUAGCAUGGGCCGCGCGCGACGGACGGUGAGCGAGAGUGAUGUGCGCCGACGGCCGAGUUUGGAUCAUGAGCAUGGGGGAUCGUUGAGCUCGCCUGGUGUGCAUGAUUCGGCGAGGUUGAGUGGGUAUGGUGCUAUUACCAACGCUCCGUCGCCGUCUCAGCCUCCACAUGCUAGAGCCUCGGCAUGGGGACGUAUUAGAGGCUUGUUUAAACGUUAG